GGAUAAAACUCCUCCCAAAAAAUGCAGUCUCCUGGAAAAGCUCUGCAGGAAGCUCUGAACUGUGCUCAGAGCGAAGAUCGACUCACUGUUGGAGUCUACGAGAGCGCCAAAAUCAUGACUGACGACCCGGACAGCGUGUCUUUCUGCGUCCUGGCCAUGGAUGAGGAGUUCGAGUGUGACAUCGCUCUGCAGAUCCACUUCACCCUCAUCCAGUCUUUCUGCUUCGACAACGACAUCAGCAUCGUCAGAGUGAGCGACAUGCAGCGUCUGGCUGAGAUUGUUGGUGACAAGGCGGAGCAGCUUGAAGACGCGCACUGCGUCCUCAUCACGAACCCAACUGAUGGGUCUUGGGAAGACCCUGCUCUGGAGAAGCUGCACCUGUUCUGUGAGGAGAGCCGCCGUCUGAACGACUGGGUCCCUGAGAUCAGCCUCCCCGAGCGCUGA